CGGCAGGGUGAGGAGAUGGCGUCUCCCUCUCGACAGGACCCCCUCGGGGGGUCAGGGCUGCUUCAGGGGAGCCGGGCUCGUUCUUACGGAAGCCUGGUGCAGUCCGCCUGCUCCCCGGUGCGGGAGAGACGCCUGGAGCAUCAGCUGGCGCCCGGAGACACGCUGGCCGGACUGGCGCUCAGAUACGGGGUGACGAUGGAACAGAUUAAACGUGCAAACCGCCUUUAUACUAAUGACUCCAUCUUCCUGAAGAAAACCCUCUACAUCCCCAUCCUGACAGAGCCCAGAGACCUGUUCAAUGGUUUGGAUUCUGAGGAAGAGAAAGAUGGAGAGGAAGAGAUGCAGCCAAGUAAGGCUGAAGUUUGGCCACACUCAGCUGAGCAGAAGACACGGCAGACAGGCUCAGGACAUGCCAAUGGCAAAGUCCUUCCCACACCUGGCCAGGAACCCCCCACUCCCAUCCAUGACCUCUCUGCCUCUGAUUUCCUUAAGAAGCUUGAUUCACAGAUCAGCCUGUCAAAGAAGGCUGCUGCCCAGAAGCUGAGAAAAGGGGAAAGUGGGGUACCUGGGGAGGAGUCAGGUCUUCACCGCAGCUCCCCUCGGAUGCAGCAACGAGCAGUCCUAGGUCCCGUGCCACUGACCCGGACCUCUCGAAUCCAGACACUUCGAGACCAGGAGGAUGAAAUCUUCAAACUCUGAUGUCUCCAGAACUGAUUGAGAGAAGCAAGAUGGUGAAGGAGCAACUUGAGGGGGAGAGGAGCCUGAGGUGAGGCUCAAGAACAUGGCUUCCCAGCCCACCUGCCUCCCUCCUGCCCAGCCUCAUGUCUCAUCAAGAGCUCCUUGGCCUGAGGCAGUUUUGUUGGCAAGAGUAGGGGGUGGGGAAUAGACCCCUUCUCAGUUCUGGGGUUGAAUCUAGAGUUGUCCUUUAGAUUCAAGGUUCUUUUUACAUCCCUGCUGCCUUUCCCAUCCCGUUCACCAUUCCUUGGCCUUAGAACAAGAGGCAGGUGACUCCCUCAGGCCCUAACUUCUUCCCCAUCUCCAACUAUGUUACCUAAUUUAUUUGGUGCUAUAUUGAAGUAAUAUUUAUUUGCUGUAUUUUGUUCUUUCCCACUCUUAGCUGAAAAAUGGGAUUUUUAUAGCCAUGGUGUGAGGGAAACCCAGGAACAGUGAGCCAGUAACUGCUGGCUGCCCACCUUUUUAGCCAAGCAUGUUAUUGAGGGUGGGGCAAUCAGUGAUCUAACCCUCCAAGUAAAGAAUUUGGGUUUAGUCUUGACUAACCAGUUCACUACAACUCUUUCACAACUCUCUCUGAGGAAAAAAAACAGUGAUGUAGGUACCGGAACUAUUCAGUUCACCUUCUAACCUGCGCCUCUGUUCAGCCUGUGUGGCUAAGGGAUGGAAGAAGAAUUGCCUUGGAGUUCGAAGAAGAGAACAGUUGUGGGAGUGUAACAAACAGUUCCUAUUUGUUAUACUCCCUCCCCAUCAGAGCCUGUUGCUGUAUGCCUUGCUCCUCACUGAAUAUUUAUUUGCAGUUUGUAGCACUGAUCUGCGGUAGUUUUUAAGCAGAAGUAGGCAAGGGAACCCCAGUGAUACUGAAAUACGCCUGAGUCUCCUGUGUGCAAAGGCGAGGGUAAGAUAAGUGGUGUUAAAUACCAUCAUGAUGAUCAUCAGAUAUAAGAAACUGGAGAGAUUAAACACUGAGCCCUGUGCA